AUGGCACCCCCAAAGCAUGUCGUGGAGGUUCCGCGAAGCAUUCUCCCCCGCUUGACAUGGAACAGUUCCACCUCGCGCCCUUCUGUCUCAUCCUACAAACCCGUGCUCGCAACCAGGCAAACACCGCAACACCUUCAAGGCUGGAGUCCUCUUAACCGCCAACUACACUCCUUGGACACCCAAAUUCAGCCCUCGCGUGGCUUUUCAACAUCAGUCCGAAACCCUCAUUUCGCAUCCCUCGUUGCCCGUCGCCCCUCAGCCUCCACUACGCGCUCGUCCGAGCCCCUCGGCAACCCCGUUCGACACAAUGGCGUCUAUGUCGCGACAUUUAAGCCUGCUCACCGGGCCUUCCACGCGACACCUGUUCGACCCCGCGAUCACCACUUCGAUACCUUGAAGUUCGUGAAGCGGCUUCAAGCUGAAGGAUUCAGCGAGGAACAAGCCGUGGCUAUGAUGCGGGUCCUGAAUGAUAUUAUUCAGGAGUCUAUCCAGAAUCUGACGCGUACCAUGGUGCUUCGAGAAGACUCGGAGAGGUCUAUAUACACCCAGAAAGUCGAUUUCGCGAAACUUCGAUCCGAGCUUUUGAACACCGACUCGACCGAGGCUCAACUCACUCGUUCGUCGCACGAGAAGAUCGCUGCGGAUCUUGCCAAGCUUAACUCGCGCAUGCGCGAUGAAGUUGGGCGAACACAAGCGUCAGUGCGUCUGGACUUGAAUCUCGAAAAGGGCCGUAUUCGCGAGGAAGCCAAUGGCCAAGAAAUGCGGAUCAAGGAGACUGAAACCCGCAUUGAACAAGAGGUGGCUGGCUUGAGGGAACGAGUCGAGGCUGUGAAGUUCUCUACUCUCCAGUGGCUUAUGGGUGUCUGCACCGGUACUGCUGCUCUGAUUCUUGGUGCUUGGCGCCUAUUUAUGUGA